AUGGCGACAACAAACUUGAUCGCCCGCUCGCCCACUCCCCCACAAUACACGGCGCCCUUGUCGAAACGAGAUAAGCGACGCACAGCGAUUCACGAUCGGCUCACCGAUCUUCGCGAGGCCUUUGCGAAUAAUCGUGACUACCACUUCCGCCAACAUGUCCACGAGCUCCAGAAUGAAAUGGCGUUGAUCGCAAAUUCCGAAAUUUAUGGUGAAUGGCCCAUGAGCGAUGCCCCAGAAGAUGUCUCGAAACAGCUCAAGCAGCUCGCCGCGAGUGGGCACACUGUGUCGGAGACGCCGGUUACCGGCAAGUGGUAUUCGAAGUUCGUUGAUGAGAUAAACCGGAGCAAGGAAGAAAGAGAUGUGGAAUUAACCGUCGUCAUGAAUCGCCAUCGUGAUGUUCUGAACAGACUGUCGCAAGACCGAGAAUUUCGGCACCGUUUCGCGAUUGAAGAAUGCAACAAACUCACUGAAACUGUUCGGGAGCGGCUCAUUCAACUGAUAUCUCAGCGCAAAAAUCGCUUGAUGCGCGAAAAGGAGCAGCUUGAUGUUGCCGACACAAACGCUCUUCUUCUUCAUCCAAACCACUUCAGCAUUACAAACCCGGCCAGUCCCGGGGGUGCUCACAGCAACCGAAAGACAAGACAUACCCGCCACAAGAUUGAUAUUGACGAUAUGGGCAAUUCGAUAAUUGCGGAAUCGACCAGUAAAAGGAAGCGAAAAGUUCCUGUAGACGAUGAAUUCGGCUCGCCAAAUAUAGAGGGCCUUUCGACUCCAGCGGAACGUGCGAAGGCCCGCUUAAAUCAACAACAAAAUUCCCCAGCAUAUAACAUUCUUUCUCUCUUUACUGAGAAAGAGCUUGCGAUGCAUAGCAACCAGGCUCAUAUUGCUGCACUGCAUUUCUUAUCAUCUUCGAAACGUGCGAGACUGUCGGGUGCACAAGGUCAGAUGGCAGAAGGGGAAGACGCUCAAGGAUCCAGUGAUACCAGCGGCCAAGAAGACUCUGCCGCACCAGAGAUGGAACGGACUACCAGCCAAAGCGUCCACGCAACACGGUCUACGCGUAAUAACGGAACUGCAGGCCUCAACCUCCUCGGUGAACUCACGGAUAAAAAUGCGAACCGACCUAACCUGCCGUACUUUGUUUUAUGCAACUACCACCAGCGCCCCAAUGGCGCUGGAAACGCACCGCCCCCACCCCCUCUGAUGCCAGAGGAAAUCGAAGACGAUCUUGCUCGCAUCGAGAAGUUGAAACGAGAGAAACCGCCCGGCUGGAUGGACACGCGUCUCGUCAAUCAUCUCCUGGAUACCCUUGUGCCCCCAGAGGCCGAUGAAACGGCUGCUGUCAGCUGCGAAAGGUUCAGCACAUUGCACCCUGACUUCCCACGGGAGAUGGACGUGCACUUAGUUCGUACCUACCCUCGAAAGGACGAUUAG